AUGGCGCCAAAGCUAAGGGAGUUCACUGGAUGCUGGACUUGCCGCCAGCGCAAAGUCAAGUGUGACCUCACCCGGCCUAAGUGUAUUCGUUGUGCCAAGCGCAAACUUGAGUGCCAGGGUUACCAAAUUAUCCUUGGAUGGGCACCACCUCUCACCGUUGAAAACAAUCAACUCGUUCCUUUGGAAGGUUGGGGAGAUAAUUUGGACAAUUUCCAACGUCGAAAUGUUGAUACUGUACAUUUUCCCGAUGACCAGCGCUACUCCUUGAAACAGCUUGUUGAAGUUAUUGACACACUUGAAGGUUACAAACGUCGAAGAGUUGGGCCUUUUGGCGUUUACAAGACAUAUUGCCAGGAGUUGAAACCAGCACUGCCUCAAAUUGCUGCGGAAGAGCCAUUGGCCAUCGUCACAUCAGCGGCGCCAGAUAUCACGCAGGUAACGGUAGAUGACCUUUUCUCCAAAACUGAGAAUUCAUGGGUUCAUUACGACUACUUAGACUACGCUAAACUUACCAUUGUUGCUAUCAAAGGGCCGCUGUACCGUUUUAAUGAGCAAAAUAUGCUUCAUAUUUUGUACCCCAAGUUCUUUCCAAAUGUGGAUCUGGACGAAUGGGAGGUUAAUUAUGUUGGCAGUAAAUCUAUUUUGGUACGCGAAUCUAAUGCUGGCGUGGUGUUAACCCCACUUAUGCUUGAAUUAAUGGGAGGUGUCCGUCAGAAACGUUUGUUUUUCUUUUCUCGAGUUGACCUCGAAUGUGACAGCUACUUUGAUCGGCUCGUGGCACCAUUGCUUGAGCUGCUAUGGUGUCGAUGGCUUAUGCAACGUGAUCAAUGGCCAGUGAAGGUGGUGGACACAGAAGAAGACAGCACUAAGCUCAUCAAUAAUGUCAGGCACAUCAUUGUCGCUUUGACUGUCGCGUUAACGGCGUUUCAUCGGGCUAACUUUAGCCACAGUCACUCCAAAUAUGAGUACGUAUGUGAUGAUUACCUUGAUCUACUGGUUCAAAUGCGGAAGCUUGCGAUUCUGAUGCUUAAUGUGCAUUUGGACGAAUACGACACGUUCAGUCAACUCAAAUUCGCAUCAGAUCCUCAAGAAUAUGAAGUGCUUCUAUUGUUGGCAAUACUCAUGCAGAUCGAAGCUGACACUUGUUUUAGUGUCUACGAAAACUACGAAGUGCUCUUUGCCAUUGGAGACCACAUUGUUCGUAACAAAUUCACCCACGCUAAGCUACUGAACCUAGCUCGAUUCAUAUUACUGUGGUUUCAUAUUGUUCACACCUUCUACCAGCUGACGCAACAUGUCAAUACCUUCAACUAUGAAGUGCUGGAUACGGGCAACUUUCGCGACUUGGUUACAGAAUAUGAUAUGGAACUGGACAAAAGUGAUCUGGAACAGAAAUCCAAAUCGAUCAGUGAACGUAUGCCGAUGCGAUUCAGCGUUUCCUUUGACAAAUAUGAGCUUCAGCACGCACCUUCCUUAAACACAACGGGUGCAGAUUCUACAAAGAUGCGAUACACUCCUUCCCGAAGUCGUAUAAGUCCAGAUGUUGAUUCUCAGCUGGUCUACCUCAUGUAUGGAUUGCCCAAAGAUUUACUUGACUUGUUUCUCGAGAUCAUUCAUCUCACUAACCAUAAGAAUAUCUUCCGCAGACAACGAGUUUUUCCACGAAACUUUCCAAGACUCUGCGCCGAGACCUAUGAUCGUUUGAUUAAUUGGCAUCACGAAUGGAAUAUUGACUUCAGUGACGAGUUUCACCGACAACUCAACUUGUACGCCCUUCUGUUCCACAAAGCUUUAGUGGUGUAUUAUCUUAAAUUGAUCAAAGAGGCCCCUCUCGUGCUGUAUCAAGAUGAGAUCAGUCAACUGGUGGCAUAUCUUGAACAACUCGAGAAAUUGGGGGCAUCUCGGAUGAUCACACCUACAUUUUGGAUUCCCCUCGUUUGUGGAGCCGACGCUCUUAAUUCCCAACUCAUCACUCGUGUUGAACAACUUGUACAGUCGAGUUUAUAUUCAUCGCAGGCUAACUACUGGCGUGGUAAACAAAUUUUGCGUGAAAUUUGGAGACGCCGUGACACUGAGACUUUGGGGUUUAUGGACUUAGUCAAAGAAUGGGAUGUUUGUCUUCAGUUAGCCUGA